AGACGUGCCUGAAAAGUGAGUGUACAAUUUUCUUUAAAUGAAAAAACACAAAUGUGAAGUAGGACGCAAUUUUCUUUAAUAUCUGUACUUAUUUGUCCUCCGUGACUCGUUAGCAGUAACUCUUCGCUGAAAAUUGAUUUGUGACAUUCGUCUGUCCAAAGUCUAAACCCACAAUCAAAAUGCAAUUUUCAGCCAUAAGACCGAAGUUGCUACGUACCAUCAACGUGGCAACGGUCACCACCUCAUCCUCGCCCCACCACCCUUCCAGUGUUACCACCAGUAAAAGAGCAGCAGAGCAGCGCUGCUUGGCCCUCUUCCAGGACCAUACCUGCAACACUUUUCCGAAGCUCGCCCAGACCCAGACCCACAUCCUAAAAUUGGGUCUCCAUAACAACCCUCUCGUCCUCACCAAGUUCGCCUCCACCUCCUCCGAUCUCGACGCUAUUGACUAUGCCUCAUCCUUUAUAUUCUCACCCGACGCUGAUACCCGGCUCUACGAUACCUUCCUUUUCAAUACCAUCAUUCGAGCCUAUGCUCAAACUAGUCAGUCAAAGGAAAGAGCUUUGUAUUUUUACAAUGCAAUGCUUGAUUAUGGAGUUUGGGCAAAUAAAUUCACGUACCCAUUUGUACUCAAGGCCUGUGCUGGCCUCCGGGUCUUGAGUUUGGGUCAAUCCCUUCAUGGAUCUGUUGUGAAAUUGGGAUUUGAUGACGAUGCUCAUGUUCAGAAUACUAUGAUUCACAUGUAUAGCUCUUGCAGUGGAGGGAUUGAGUUUGCUCGUAAGGUGUUCGAUGGGAUGCCGAAGUUGGACUCUGUGUCUUGGAGUGCGAUGAUUGGAGGGUAUGUCCGACUGGGGUGGUCGACAGAUGCGAUUGGUUUGUUUAGGAAAAUGCAGAUGGUGGGAGUUCGCCCAGAUGAGAUCACUAUGGUCUUGGUUCUCUCUGCUUGUACGGAUUUAGGUGCGCUUGAGCUUGGGAAGUGGGCUGAGUCGUAUAUUGAGAAAGAGAGGGUUCAGAAGAAUGUGGAGCUCUGUAAUGCCCUCAUUGACAUGUUUGCAAAGUGCGGCGAUGUUGAUAAAGCUCUGAAAUUGUUCAGAAACAUGAGCGAGAGAACGAUUGUUUCUUGGACUUCUGUGAUUGCUGGUCUGGCAAUGCACGGUCGUGGUUUCGAAGCCGUUUCCUUAUUCGAAGAGAUGAUAGGAGCUGGGGUGGCUCCAGAUGAUGUGGCCUUUAUUGGGUUGCUUUCUGCUUGUAGUCACUCGGGUUUAGUUGAAAAGGGCAGAAAACAUUUUGAUUCAAUGGCAAAAAAAUUUAAAAUUGUGCCGAGGAUAGAACACUACGGAUGUAUGGUGGAUAUGCUGUGCAGGGCAGGACAGGUCAAAGAGGCACUGGAGUUUGUUAAAAAAAUGCCCAUCAAGCCAAACCCAAUAGUUUUGCGAACCCUGAUCAGUGCUUGCCAUGCUCAUGGCGAGCUCAAGAUUGGAGAGAACAUCACUAAACAGCUAAUCAGAAAUGAGCCUAUGCAUGAAUCCAACUAUGUAUUACUUUCCAACAUCUAUGCAAAAAUGUCCCAUUGGGAUAAGAAAACCAAAAUUAGAGAGGUGAUGGACAAGAAGGGGAUGACAAAGACUCCUGGGAGCACCAUGAUUGAGCUCGAUAAUGAAAUUUAUGAAUUUGUAGCUGGAGAUAAAUCACAAAGACAGUACAAGGAAAUUUAUGAAAUGGUGGACGAAAUGGGGAGGGAGUUGAAGAGGGCUGGAUAUGCUCCCACCACGUCAGAGGUGUUACUGGAUAUUGAUGAAGAAGACAAGGAGGAUGCCUUGAACAGGCACAGCGAAAAGCUGGCUAUUGCCUUUGCCCUUCUUAAUACACCACCAGGAACUCCUAUUCGGAUUGUGAAGAAUUUACGAGUUUGUAAUGAUUGCCACUCUGCUACUAAAUUCAUCUCUAAGAUUUAUAAUCGAGAAAUAGUGGUGAGGGACCGGAACCGGUUUCACCAUUUCAAGGAAGGGUUCUGCUCGUGUAAAGAUUUCUGGUGACAAUGCUGAUAAUCUAGUUGUCAUUUCCUUAUUCUUGAGUUUCUUAAUGAAGCCAUAAUUUUUUUGCUCAUGGAAUCUCAUGAGAACUACAGAUGGAUUAGAUCCUCCUUGACCCCCUCUCAUGAUCAUUCAGGUAACCGUGCCAAAGUUUGAUCGAAAGGCCUGUCUGUCGAAAGAACAGAUCUAUUAAUAUAUCCGGUGUGCGACAAAACUGUGGGUGCCACUGACCUGAAUUCCUUAUUUGAGAUAGAGCCAUGUUACCACCGUGCUUUAUACUCUGUAUAGAGGAUUGGCCUUGGAAAAUCAGUCUGCCGUGCUGAUCAGGAGGUGGUGCAACAUAUACUCUGACAUAAGGUUUUGUAGUUGGGGUAAGCCCUCUUGCCACAGGACAAGAUCAACUAUCUUAACACAUGCAACCAGGACUUGCAUACAUGUGAAAUCAGCAGAAUAGAUUUACACUUUCGCAUCGAUGACAGUUGUAGAAUGCUUUGCUCAUUUCAAGGACACGCGGCAGCUGGAACCAAACGAGUUUGAACAAAAGCAGCAUGAAGCAUCAGAGAGAGCGAGAGAGAGAUCUAAUCCAUUCAGCACAAGGCAAUGACAAAAGAGAAGGUUCAACAAACCAGCACAGAGCAUGACUCCCCAGUUGAUAAGAAGCUCCGAAUGAGUACGCAUGCAAUCACCGAACUGAAGCUCUGGAAACCUUUAGGUGUAAAAAGCGAGUUUUUGCAAAUACUAAUUCAAUGUUAUAGUGCCUCUUAUGAAAUUGUU